CUGUUUCAGUUAUUGUCACCCCUCCAAGUUGUGUACACACUGUUUUGACGUUAAGAUUUUUUGCUGACUUUUUAUUUAUAAACAGAAAACACGGAAAGACAUGGUUAAGCCGCAAGGCGCAACCACACACUAACACCCAACAAACACACAAAACACACACACGCCGAGUUGCGGAUAUCCCGUGGGAGUAGCGGUUACAUGCAGCCAGUUUGCACGCUGCACAAGAAAUUGAUUUAGAGAGAAAGAAACGAGCAACAGAAAGCUACGGAUACAGAGAGAAAAAAAGAAAGUACUCGGAACGGCCUUGGGCGAAAAACGGGAGCAGAACGGCAGCGACGGCAACCCAAUUAGCCGGAUAGUCCAAGUUGGUUCGCCUGGUUCAGUAGGUCACUGCCGCACCGUUUUUGCAAGGGGCAGUGGCCCAAGGACAUCCAGGAAACUCACCCCCACAGCCGUAGUCACUGCAGCGCAUAGACACACGCACACACACGAGCACAGUCAAGCACAUCCCAUUGGCAAUGAGACGGUGCGCUGGCAAUGCGCUCACUUGAAGGCAGCCGUCGUCGGGUCGAGCAGCCGGAGCGGGUAUCAGAGCAGGAGCAGCACCAGCACCACCGCCAGUGCCAGGAGCAGGAACUCCAGGAAUCGCAGGCGGGCCAACUGCCACAGAUGGCAAACGAACGAAAGCAGAGCAGUCCCAAGGUGGAGCUGACCAAGCUAAGUCACGAACUGAUCGAAGAGUGCAAACGCAGCCAGGAGGACUCGCUGCUAUCGCGCCAUCUGCGACACGAGCUGGAAAAGCUUCCCCGCGAUUCUCGUCGCGAGUUGGUACGAAAGCAGCGGAAUGGUUGCGCUCCUCUUUUUAUUGCCUGCAAGCGAGGCGCCGUUGUAAUUGCCGAAUAUCUAAUUACCAUCUGCGAGGCGGAUAUCGAGCAGAGGGGACACUUUGAAGUGCCAGAGGACAAUAGUUUCCAUUACGUCUCGCCGCUAUGGGCGGCCGUCGUCUCCGGAAAGCUAUCCAUGGUCAAAUAUCUGGUGCGGAUCGGUUGCGAUAUAAAUGCUACCUCGGAUUCGGGAUCGACGCCCGUUAGGAGUGCAUGCUACAUGACACACGUCGAUAUUGUCAAAUUUCUGGUGGAAAAUGGAGCGGACAUCAAACGGCCAAACAUUAAUGGCGGAACCUGUCUCAUUAACUCGGUGCAGUCCGUCCAACUAUGUUUGUAUCUGGUGCGCAAGGGAGCGGACAUAAAUGCCCGGGACAUCCAGGAUAAGACGGCACUGCACUAUGCGAUCCAGGAGCACCGGUUGGAUACUACUCGAAUGCUAAUCGAACAAGGAGCCGAUCCGUAUGCCAAAAGUCGCUAUGGGGACGAUGCCCUGCGUACUGCCUGCCUGAAGGGAGCCCAUCAUAUCUUUGACUUUUUGAAAAAGGAGCUGAGCUAUACGGCUGGAAGGCUGGCGGAGGCACACGAGCUGAUGGGAUCGACGUUCCUGGACGAGCACAACGAGUCGCGUGUGUGCAUACUGCACUGGCGCAUGGCGCAUCACAUUCGGGCGGCAUACUCGCCGUAUAUAGAGAAGAAGCCGCAGGUGCCACUGCGAAGUGCUUACGAGAACGCAGUGGAGUUUAGCACACUGGAGGUUGACAACAUCGCCACCGAUAUGGACGCAAUGCGGACGCAGAGCCUGCUCAUUUGCGAGCGUGUAUUGGGUCUAACCCAUAAAGACAUGCUCUUUCGGCUAACUUUUAGGGGAGCUUCUUAUGCGGAUUCUCUGCAGCUGCAGCGUUGCAUAGACCUGUGGCGUUUCCUGCUCGAGGUGCGAGUGUCGAACUGGUCCAUCCUGCACUUUGAGACCUGUUUUGCGGCACAAGCACUGGUGCGUCUGAUGCUGGAUCUCCAUGUUCAGAAUUCAAGCCACAUAAGGAGCGAUGCGAGGGCCAGGUUUGUCCACCAGGAUGUGUUGCCCCGGUUCGAGGAUGUGCUCGGGGUAUUUCGUACGUUGUCUGAAAGCGCUAUUGUGGUGAAGCACCUGCUGCUUCUGAGGCCAGUGUUCAGGCGACAGCAGGAGAACUAUGAUCGCGUAAUGCGAUGCUUGGCGCAUCUCAUUUAUCUGCUGAUCAAUACCGUCCACACGGAGGAGCAGAAUAAGCUCAUCUAUCAGGAUCACGAGACGGUUGUGGUGGGCAAUCUGCGCAGUGCCAGCACCGCCGAUACCCUGCUCCACCUCUGUGCCUCGCGGUUGAAUGUCAUCAAGAGCGGCUACAUCACCGACGACAACUUUGCCGAUAAGACUGUGUUCCCCAAUGCGGAUGUCAUCAAGCUGCUCAUCCAGUGCGGCGUUGAUGUCAACAUCAAGAACGAGGCCAAAUCCACGCCCCUGCAUGUAGCAUGCCAGCCCUACAACUAUGACAAUGAGAUUGUGCACCUGUUGCUCAAGUGUGGAGCUGACAUCGAUCAGCCGAAUAGGGCCGACAAGCGGCCCUAUGACUUAAUAGCAUCAAAUCCCACCAGCACCAUUCCGUUGCUUAACUUUGUGACGCUGCAGUGUCUGGCGGCGACGGUGAUUAGCAAAAAUCGGAUACCCUAUCACAAUCAGCUGCACCGACAGCUGGAGAAGUUUGUAAAAAACCAUGAGCCGUGAAUAGGAUACAGCGGAACUGGGAGCGGUAAACGUGUCGUAUGUCUUAUGUCAAAAUUGAUGGCGUUUCUUAGGUCGAUGUCUAAGCCCCCUUUCGGAUUUUUCAAAAUUUGACCAGUGGCGGUUGUCCGUUUUGUCUCGCUCUAUAUUAAAUGCAUAUAUAUAUAUACAGAUAUCCUAUAUCUAUUGUUAAAUUGGCUUAAAGUAGUUUUAAACUCCAUUCGUGAAACAGAAUCAACAAACAGAACAAACAAUGUAAAGCAGAACAAGCAAAAAGUGUAAUCGAUGAACGUGAUAUUAAAAACUAUAUAUAGAGAGAGAAGGUUAGAAGCGGGAGUAUCCGAAAUUUAAUAUUUUAGAGAACUUACAACAAGCCAAGUGCGGAUCUGAGUACUUAACCUAACAGAGAACACAAUUCUCCACUGCUGUUUGAUGAUUAUUAGAGCCUAGGAAACGCGAGAGGAGCAACUCAUUGUAACGCCAAUAAAGUUUACACAUUAUCUACAUGCAUACAAUUACGCCUGAAAAUAUACUAAAUAUAUACUAUAUAUACAUAUAUACAUACAACUAGAAUAACUAAUUGAUACACACUUGUUGAACCACUAAAAUCGAACUCGAUAACCGAAUGUGAAUUUGCAAAAAAUGUCAAAGGGCGCUAAAAUGACUCGAUGCCAUUCCCUUAUUUAAGCGGAAUUCGGUUCGAAAGCAUUUGUUCCCUAAAUUUCUUAUGAUUGUCGAAGCUUUUAGACCAUGUAUAACCUAUGUAUGUGCACGUGUCGUGUGCUGUCUGGGGCUGAAAUUUUGUUCUUCUGGCCCCAUACACACACCAAGUAUUUUAAUAAAAAUUUCUGUGAGACCGA